AUGGAUAUAAAUUUUAAAAAUAAAUCAUUACAAUGUACCACUGAUGGCAUCUCUGAAAAUUUAUGGCAUAGGAGAUUAGGUCAUGUGAACAGACAUAGUCUAAACAUUUUAAAACUUCCAGUGAGCAAGAAGGUAUGUGAGCUAUGUAUGUCAGGUAAGGCUACAAGACUUCAAUUUAAAUCGGUACAACAUCCAAGGUCACACUAUAUAGGUGAACUGCUGCAUACUGACAUCUCAGGACCAACCAGAGUAGAAGGAAUAAAUGGUGAACUCUAUUAUCAGGUAAUUAUUGAUGAUUAUUCACAUUUUUUAGUUGUUAAUCUUUUAAGAUGCAAGAGCGAAGCUACUGAAAAAUUUGUAAAUUACAUAAAAAGAUUGGAAAAUGAAAAAGAAGUUAAAGUAAAAAGAAUAAGAUGUGAUAAUGGUUGUGAACUGAAAAAUAAGAAAUUUGAAGCAUUCUGUAAUGACAAAGGUAUACAAAUAGAAUAUACAGCACCAUACUCACCUCAAAGUAAUGGAGUAGCGGAAAGAAUGAACAGAACUUUGUAUAACAAUGCUCGUACUCAACUUAUUGAAACUCAGUUACCUAAACAUUUGUGGACUGAAGCAAUCUUGUGUUCAGCAUAUCAAUUAAAUAGAUGUCCGUCUUCAAGUAUAAACUUUAAAACACCAGAAGAAAUUUUUAGAGGUACAACCGACUUGAGUAAAUUAAAAUGUUUUGGAUCUAAAUGCUGGGCAGUUAUACUUCCUAGACAAGGUAAAUUUGAUGAAAGGUCUAGAGAGACACGUAUGGUAGGAUAUGGUCAGAACGGAUAUCGUUUGUGGGACUCUAAAACAAAUGAAAUUAUAGUAUCACGUGAUGUUAAAUUUAAUGAGAUGGAUAUAGUCUACAAACCAAGUCAAAAAGAAAAAGAAGAAAAUAAUUAUUUGUACUUACAUAAUGAGAAUGGAAUAAAUGAAAAUAAUAGACAGGAAGAAGAAGAAGAGAAAGAAAAAGAGGAAGAAGAAAAAGAAGAAGAAAAAGAAAAUACAGAUGGAAUUGAUCAUACAGUGACACGAGAUACAAAUACAAGACCAAAAAGGAAUAUAAAGAGACCGGCUUAUUUUAAAGAUUAUGUAGAACAUUUUGAAAAUAUGGAAAAAUCUGUGAAAAAUUAUAAUAUUGAUAUUAAUUAUAUACCAACUGAUAGAAAUAUAUCUGAUGUGUUAACAAAGCCUUUAUGUAAAUUGAAACAUGCUUAUUUUUGUAAAAAUUUAAAUGUCAUG